AUGACCCAAUUCAAUGCGCUUCUCCUAGAUAUUGAAGGCACUAUUACUAGUAUCUCUUUUGUCAAGGUUAAUUCAUUGUUUCUAUUCUAUUCUCAUAACUGUUGUUAACAUUUUUUUUCCUACAGGAUGAACUCUUCCCGUACGCAUUCGACAACGUGGAAAAGUAUCUGGAGGAGCACUACGAUGAGCCGGGCACUCAGAUCAUUCUGGAAGAUCUGAGACGCGUGGCACAGCAACAAGCGGAAAGCGAUGUGUCCGUUUUGUGAGUUCAAUCGAUCGACUGGCUGAUGCUCUCGCCUCUGUUUGCACAGCUUACAGCCCUGCCCUUUUCUGUAUCUAAUCGUUCGAUUUGCAGACGAAUUCGCGAGCCGAAACAGGAAUGCAUUGAAGACGUGACACGCAAUGUUCGCCACUGGAUCAAAAGAGACAAAAAAGUGAGAAAUUGGGAAUUUGAAAAAUAACGAAAACUUGUUUGCUAUUUUCCAGUUGACGCCGCUGAAGGCUCUCCAGGGACUCAUUUGGGAAGAAGCCUACCACCGCAGAGAAGUAAAGGGACAGUGAGUGGGAUAGUAUUCUUCAAAAAUACAUAAAAAUGUGUUCAGCAUAUAUCCAGACGUGCUGCCGAUCCUCCAACUGCUCAAGGAUCGCAACAUUCCCAUCUACAUCUACUCGUCGGGAUCCGUUCACGCCCAGAAACUGCUCUUCGCGCAUUCCGUCGAGGGAGACAUGACGAAGAUUCUGGAAGGAUAUUUCGAUACGAACAUUGGGUUGAAAGGCGAGAGCAACUCGUACAAAAAGAUCAGCGAGCAGAUCGGAAUCGCUCCGAAGGACAUCCUCUUCCUGACCGACGUCGAAUCAGAAGCGGAAGCGGCGACGAAGGCAGGACUUCAGACUCGUCUCGUGAUCCGUGAUGGAAAUGCGAGUUUGACGCAAGAGGCCAAGGACACCUACGGAACUAUCGAGGCACUUGACGAGAUUCUGUAAUUUUAUUAUAUUUUUCCAGUCAAUAAACAUUCCUAAUAGCUCAUUUUCUUCGUUGUCGCCAAAAAGAUUCUCGACUGAUCUCCCUGGUAUAUCUUCUCAUGACCAACUUUCAUGUCGCCGAAAAAAGAGAAAAGCCUUCAGAAUGAUAGCACGGUGUCUUCUGAGUCAAAGCAGUGCCUUCGUAGCUCACCGCGGUUUCUGCACGUCCCGCCCGUCUUCCAGCAUUAUUCAGAAAGUCAAAAAAUAUAUUCUUUCCGUAAGUAUCUUCGAUUUUAUGUAACGUUCAUUUCAAAUUAGAUUGAUUGCAGGAAGAUCGAGACAAUUUUGACGCGGAAAAAAUCCGAAAAGCACACGAAAGAGAUCAAAUCGAUGAAAAGGAAUGGACUCUGAUUUACAAAGAUAUAGGUGAGAAUUAGAAAAAGUCUGUCAUUUCCUUCUUCUGAAUCUUUCCAGGCGCUUCCCGUACAUUCUACAUGACUGCCGCCUUCCUUCCCUGUUUCUAGCCGGCGCCGUCGUUUUCGCCGUCGAUGUGUACACGAACAGCCCCGGAAAUCGAUUCGAUUUCGUGCAAAAACUAGUGGCGGAUGCAGAAGAACUAGGAACGCUCGUGGCCAUUCCGUCCGUCGCUUUGGCAGUCGUCAUCGGCGUCUUGAUACGGGUCCAGCAGCUGAGACUCAUCCGGAUAUAUCAGAACAAAAAGGACGUCGAACAGUUUAUAGCAAUCCGGUCCCGAGGAGUUAUCACUCAGUACAAGGUGAGCGCAUUCUGAGAACUACGAGUCAAUCGAUCGUUAGCAGGAACCAUUCCGUCGUGACGAAUCGACAGGAUUCUACUUUGCUGAGGAUCAGACGGACGGCGCGCGAGUCGUUCUUCAUUUUCUGUUCGGAAAUGUUCAGAUUGGAAACCAAAAGUUCAUAGUGAUGGACGAGAUGUUCCGAGCGAACAACUACAAAACGUACAUGCUGAACGAGACGAGCGUCCCUCCUAGGUUAUGA